CGUGAAUCAUACAAUUAUUUUAUAGGAUAACACCAGAAAAUGAGCGAUUUCCUUCAAUAUUGUUUAAAGAAUGUCAAAUUCCCAAAAUGCGCCACUUUUUAACUUAAUUUCCACCAUACCGUCCACGUCACCGUUAAAAUCGAUCUUGCUUUUAUUUUUUUAACAAAGCGGCACUAAACCGCUAUCACAGAUAGCGGUUUAUAUAUUCCCUAAAUCAAAACUUACAGUGAGCUUCCGAAACAAAAACUUACCGUAUCCCGUUAUGUUUUAAAGCAAACCGCCAUCUGAGAUAGCGGUUUUGUUUUAAAGCAAAUCACUAUCUCAGAUAGCGGUUUAUAAUAUUGAACCGCCAUUUGAGAUGGCGGUUUGCUUUAAAACGAAACAGCUAUCUCAGAUGGCGGUUCAACGCUGAACCGGAAAAAAAAAUUACUUCUCUUUCUCCCUCAUUUACGUAAACGGUAUGAUAAAAAUUAACUGAGAUAGUAACAUAAUUUGGAAAUUAUUGAAUUUUUAUACAAUAUUGAAGGAAAUCGAAAGUCAAUUACUAAAUUAACCUUGAAUUCUUGAAAUUUCCCUUUAUAGAAUGGAGAUAUUAUAGUUUCCAAGAGACGUGCUACAUCGCUUGUAACCAGCGAUGUUUUGGCUCCAUACCCAGGGCAAAAGCGUCAUUUUACAGGUAAUGUUGACAAAGUCAACAAAGUAACUUCAAAAGUUACUGCUCUUCUUUCCUCAUCCCUGAGCUCUCAAUCUCUCUCUUGCUUAUGCUUCUCCGACAAAGCCGUAUCCUCUCCGACGAAGCCGUUUCCUCUCUGACAACCACCAUCAAGCCGUUUCCUCUCUUCUCUGUUCAAAAAUGAAGUUUUCUUCUCCUUCUCUGUUCAAAAACGAAAGUCGCCUUCAAUAUAUGGCUGGAGGUUAGUAAUUCAAAUCUAAUUUGUUGAGUAAUUCAAUUUUAAUGGGUUGUUGUUGAAGUUCUUUAAUUGAUUAUUGAAAUUGUCUUCUUGACGAAAUGAAAAUUAUCGUCAAUUGAUGGUUGUUUCUAGGGUUUUAGUAAAUUUGGGGGUUUAUUCUAGGGUUUUAGUAAAAUUAUGGUUUUUUUCCUAGUGUAAUCAUUAACAGAUUGGCUGGUUUGUGUUCCUCAAUUCAUGCAAAAACAUCAUGGUAAUUUUCAAUUUAAUCAAAAUUUACUCUAUUUAAUGUCCAAAAUUUGUUGAUCGAUUCGAAGCUUAGGGUUUUGUUUAUGGUGCUAUGCUAUUCUGGAAAGUGAAGUGUCAGUACCAGUUUUGUUGAUUUAAAAUCUAGGUAAUUUAUGGUAUUUAACAGAUUCAAAACAUCAAACUUUACAAGCUUGAUGUAAAUUGCACAAAUACAAAGCCAACAAAAGCUACAAUAAGAAUAGAGAAACAUGAAAGGUUAUACCGUAUUAGGUAGACAAAUUAACCACCCUUGAGAAAGAAAUGCAGGCUUUCAACUUAAAGUAUCUUUGUAUGCAAUGUGAUUAUAUUAAGCAGAAAGAAAAAUUAAUAAUAAUUUGAGUCUCUGAUACAUGUGAAGCUGGGAAAAAUUAAUAAUAAUUUCUCACCCACCUUCUACAUUCUGGUUUGAUCAAUUUUACCCAUUGGAAAAGCUGGGAGGCCUUCCUUCUCCUGCAAUGAGAAGCAUAGAGGGUCAACUUGCAUAUUUUUAUUUAUAAACGAUGAAACUUAGCAAAACUGCAACCAGCAUCCUUCCACAAUAAGCAUGCCUCGGGAGUGGACUAAAAAACAUAAAAUACUAAUACAGGAAAUAAUCACGCCUUGGAAAGAACAGUUAUAUAAAAAUGUAAUUCAACAAUGACACAUGGAAAUUUGUUUAGAGAAUGGAAUUUCAACAUCAAAAAUCUCAAUCUUACAAAACAUUCUAAAUAAAGGUAUAGAAAAUUUUAUAGAGGGGUAAUGUAAUGUGAAUCAAUAUAAUGCGUCGAAAAUAAAUAUAAUGCGUCGAAAAUUCUGAUUACUAGCGUUGAGCCUUAUUAAUGGGCGUUAUGUAUUGUAUUUCAAUUGCUUAUUCAAUUGCUUCAGUAUUUUGUCAUUUUUCUUAAAAAUCUGUAAGUUGCUUGUCAGAGAUGUUAUUGUAUUUUUCUUAUUCGAUUUUAGUUUCAAAUAGUGCCACCCCUAGUAACGUGGUUAAAUGAUGACUUUUGCAUUUUUGUGAGUUGGUUAAGAUUUAAUAUACUGUGUUUUGCUUAGUUUAUGAUUUGUGUAAGUUGUUUUCCGGACAAUCAGUUAAAUAGUUGAAAUGAUAACUAUAAACACUGCCUAACACAUCGUUCCACCUGAAGAUAUCACCUACACUAACUUACUUGAAAUAUUAGAUAUCACCUACACUAAUUUACUUGAAAAUAUUUCAUUUGAAUUUGUUCUGGACUGUAGUACUGUACCUAAUUAGCUAUUGGUUAAAAUUGCCCAGAUAUAUGAAGCAUAACAUGAAAUGAGUAUGUUUGUGCUUGCAUGGGCAGCUUAAGAUUGUGUACUCUCCCAGGGGAAGAAGAUUUAAUCUUCGUGAUUUUAACCUUCAGUAUAAGGAGUCAACAAAAUCAUUUUGCAUAUUGUGAAUUGUGAGUCGUGAAUUGUGUGCACCAUUUCUUGUGUGUUGUGUGUGUGUCGGGUUGAUGAAUCAGGAGGGUAUCCUAUUUCGUUUAUUUGGAAGAGUUUAUAAACAUUCAGAUACUUUCAAGUUGUCUAUUUUGAGAGCAGCCUUCAAUGUAUUUCUUUGGUGUUUGAGUGUAUCUAAAGAAAUAAAACAAGUAUAUGAAGGUUUGAAAGUCAAAGCACCUACUGAUAGUCUCAAAUGUGAUAAAUAGGUAGCGUUUCCGUAACUGUACAAUGUGCUGUGUAAUUGGUGUUUGAGGUUUUCAACUAGGAAGCUCAUGUUGUGAUUAAUUGGUGUCAGUUAAAUACUAUCUUGUGGAUAAGAGAGCAAGGAAGUUUAAGGAAGUGAAUGUUUCACGGCCUUACACCCUUAUCUUUACCUCAUAGAGUCAUAGCCUUUUUGUGGUCAUGUUUGCUUGAGACUACUGUGAUACCUGAUAAUCUCUUGAGAAAUCUAUAACUCUGACUAUGCUACAGAAACUUUGCAUAGAGUACUGCGAUAACUGCACAAAUCGUCUCCCUUAGGAAUUUUUUUCUCUUUCAUGGGCAUAACGUGGAAGUUGCAAAAUAUUAAACCACAUAUGAAUGAGGACUUAGCUAAGCAUUUGAAAGCUAGUUGAUUCAAAUUCAGAACUUGCAUUUGAGGCUCACCCUGUAUCCUUUCCCUUGUGACCCUAAGGUGAAUGUCUUCUAGGUUGAAAGAAACCUAAAAUUCUCUUUCUAAGGGUAUGUUCCCUUUGUUGCUGAUGGUUCUUUUGUUGCUGUAACAAAGUAGAUAUCAUAGUUGGUAAGAAACUUUGAUGCUAUUCUCAGUACAUCUAAUUUUGUACUCUGUAUUAUUAUUGGGUUUAUCUGAACGAGGAAGGGGCCGUGGACGAGGAAGGGGUCGUGGACGAGGGAGGGUAGAACCACAACUAAGUGCAAGAAAGUUAAACUUCGAUAACACCGACUUUGAUGAGGAGCCUAGUGGAAGUGAUUCUGAAUAUACCGGUCAAAGUGAUGAACAGCCAUCCCCCGAGAAAAAAGAGGUUCCUAAAAGAGCAAAGGUGGUUGCUAAUGUGUAUAGAGAUAAUAGUAGCACUAAGGGGGGUAUGAUGAAGGCGGCUAACACAGUUAUUCAAAAACGCUCUGAGGAGAUGAAUAAAAAGCCUCCUAAUCAGAACUGUGCUGUUGAGGCCCUUAGAAGAAUAUUAGGAGGGUUCGAUGAUAGGAAAAGGAACUUAGUUAAUGAGAUGGGAUUUGCUGGCCUAUUUAGUAUGAUUGAUAAAAGGCUGCCGGCAAACCUAACCUAUUGGCUAUGUACAAGGGUAGAUGUGGCUCUCAAGUCUUUUAUGUCUCCAGACGGGGUCCAGUUUCCUCUAAACCCCAUUCAAGUCCAUUGGGUUCUCGGGAUUCCAAUGGGACCGAGACCGGUCCCAACUACAACUGUCGAUGAGAAUCUUGAAAAAGACAUUAUUAAUAAGUACCGGACUGUACACAAGAAAGGUGGUGGCAUAACCAAAAAGACUUUGAUGGAAUAUGUGGAGGGUCCUUGUGAAGAUGAUAACGAGUUCAAGAGACUCUUUUUGCUGCUUGCUUUAGACUCGGUACUUACCCCCACCACAUGUCAUCGACUUAGUAUGAAAUUUUUCCACUGUGUUGUUGUUGCACAUGAAGCCUCCGAGUAUGACUGGUGUAGUCUUGUCCUUGACCAAUUGUUGCAUGCUGUUGGAAGCUUCAGUACACGGUUCUACGCAGAUGGUUAUGCUAAAGGAUGUGGUGGAUGCUUAAUAUUUCUGGCAAUUUUCUACCUAGAUCGACUUAGGAGAACGCCUGUUGAUUGGGGUGUGUUUCCAAGAAUGAGGGUAUGGACAAUAGAAGAGAUGAACAAGGCACAGAAUCUGGAUCGUCUUCCAUCCCGGGAUUAUGGGUGUGUAGGGUGUGUUGAUGUCGCUUACGGCCAUACCCAUCCAAUGAUGAAGGAUAUUAUGCCUGGGAAGAGGAUAACCUCAACUGAGGUUGAUAAGUUAAUGAAUGCCGUGAAAGCUGCAUUGGACACCAAUGACGUGGAUGAGUAUGACGUUUCUGUUUUGAUAAAUGUCACGGGAAAAAAUAAACGAAGACGUGGUGGGUCAUCAAAAUCCAUUCCACAAAAGGUCAAAGGAAAGUCCAAAGCACAAGCAGAACCUGAUAUACCAUCUGAGAGAAUAAGUGUUAUUGAGAAGUCCAUCUCGAUGAACCAGUACACCAGGAAGAAUAGAAGGACAAAGAAUUCUGAAGAUGCACUACACCUUGAUGAGCCACUGCACCUUGAAGAAUCAGCUCAGAUUGGGACAAAUAAAUCUGGAGUGGCACUAAAUAAGACCGAGCCGAACCAAUCUGAUGACGCACUGCACCUUGAUCCAGGUAAGCAACACUACAUGGUGCACUACCAACACCAACACCAACACCAAUACUACCAAUACUCAACGGUGCAUUUCCAACACUACUUGGUGUGUUAGACACUAAGGGUGCAGAACUUUGUUGUGUACUGAAAAUUUGAGUGUCAUCAUCCAUGACAAGAUUAUCCAAACCAGUAACUUGUUCUCCAUCCUUGUUCAUUGAUCUGGUGCAUUCUCCCUUAUUCACCGACUGAGGAGUAUGUUCCUGGUUUUCUCCUUCAUUUUCUUGGCCGUUCUUCUUAUUCUGAGCAUUCACUAUGAUAUUCUCAUCAAGCUGGAUUUCCAACUGAUCUAAAGUUGCAUUCGCAAUUUUCACAUAUUCGGGCAGGGUGGCAGCCUUCAAGCAAAUGGACUCGAACUUGACCAAAAGGGUGUCAAACCGCAAUACUUCUUCAGUUUUGCUUGGGUCAUGGUAAGCCACUUUGACACGGGUAUGCGGCCUAUGAAUAUCCUUGCGCCAUCGCCUAAGUAUCAUCCACUCCGGUACCUCGGUGAUUUUCUCUCUGUCAAAAACAUUAAUCACAUGCCUACAAAUAAUUCCAUGGGCUUCAAACAACUUGAAAUCACAACAAGCUUGUUUGGUCUCGAUAUUCAAUCGCACUGUGUAUGUUCUCCUCUUAUCGGUUACAAUCUCCUUCCUAAUUUCCUUUAUGUAAAUCCAUACCCUGUCUUCCAAAUGGUGUUCCAUUUCCAUUUCUGACAACUCAUCUCUUCUAAGCCAUUGGAUAUAUAAUACUCUCAUACAUUGAACUUGAACCUCCAAAAACUUCGCAGCUGUGUACAACUUUCGAAAUACUUUUUUCUGCUGGAAAACCAGUUACCAGAUCCCUAACAUUAAUGGAUGUGUUGGCAUCAGCUUGUUUCUCAGUAUUAACUCUGUGUUCCAUAGCAUCAAUGUAGCUCUCUGCAAACUGAUACAAACGGGUGUCCCUUUUCACAUACUUAUCAAAAAAGCUGUUGAUACUCUCAGAACGUUGUGUGGUCUUCAUUCCAGCCCAAAACAAGUGUUUCAUGUACGCUGGGACCCACAUGUGUCUCUGGUCGUACAAGCCUUCAGUUAAACAAAAUAUUCAAACUCCAAAAAGAUUUUAAUUGAACUCCAAAAAUAUAUAAAGCAAUACCUUAUGACAGUAUUGAUACAGAAGUGACAAUAUUUAUAAAUGUUAUGACAGUAUUUAUAAUGAAGUCAACAGUAGAUGAAAGUUUUUUGAUGGAAGUAUUUUGACAACACAGUGACAGUAUUUAUAAUGAAGUCAACAAUAGUAUACAAAUAACAGAUUAGAUGGAAGUAUUUUGACAACACAGUGAACACUGCUUAUGAUUACAUAACUGUAAACACCAUCUACCUAAAUAAUAUCAGAGACUCAUAAGUGUUUAGCACAGAAUAACCAACUUACUAUCUUUACCAUUUAAAACAUGAAAUAAAAUGCACCUUUAAAUGAGAUAAAAGGAUGACAGAUGUACCACGUAACCAAUCGUCUUCACCAAGUCCAUAUAACUCUAUAGAAGAAGUCCAAUUCACCUCAAACUCUGCUUCUGUUAAACAAUCAUAAAUCACGUUAUGUAACACAACUUUGAACUCCGAAUAUUUUGCAUAGUUGCCCAACUCUUUGCCAAAUUUUUGAAGUAUGUGCCACAAGCACCAUCGAUGCUUAGUGGUUGGCAUAGGCAUAGCUAUUUCAAGAGCCGCCCUCAUUGCUGCACAUUGAUCAGUCAAAAAACUAAUAGGAGCUUUGCCUCCCAUACAACGGAGCCAAGUUUUGAACAACCAAACAAAUGUUUCAGUGUCUUCAUGAGACACUAGUGCACAGCCAAGCAAAAUAGUCUGCCCAUGAUGAUUGACUCCCACAAAAUUAGAAAAUGGAAGCUCAUAAUUGUUUGUGACAUAUGUGGAGUCAAAACAUACUACAUCCCCAAAGUCUUGGUAGGCUACUCUACUCCUUGCAUCAACCCACAUAACAUCAGUCAAGCGAUUCUUAGAAUUUAAUCUAUAACGAUGGAAAAAAUUCUGGUUUCCGGCAGUCAUCUUAUCGAAAUAAUCAAACAUGGCUUUCGCAUCCCCACCUCUCAUCUUGAGCCUCUUUUCCUUCGCCACUAUGUUCCUCAAGUCCUUCACACUUAUAGACAUAUUUUCUACAUCAUUCCUCUCUUUAGCUAAGCUCCUGAUUACUGAUCUUGGAACCACCACCAACACCAUUGAAUAACCUCCUCCUCACAAUAGAAGUAAUACUAUCUCUCCUAUACAUUGAGAUAUAUCGAGACUUAAGGGGCGUUGGCUUGUGAUUCAAGUGUUCAACAACUGCUUUCCUUACUUCCCAAGUUCCAGAAGUGUCUGCCACCGCAUACAUAUGAACAGGGCAUCCACACUUUUUUGACUUACUAGUCCUCUUGUCAAGGACACCAGGGGCGGUAAUCAUCGCCCCCUUAGCUUUCACCCCCUUCGUCCGGAAUCGUAAAUCUGGUUCGCCUCCACAUUCACACUUCCAAACAUAGCUCCUCAAGGUCCUCUUCUCACCAGCUUUGCGACUGUAAUUACCAUAAGCACGAACAACCCCAAAACCACAUUGCUUUCCGUAUUUCCUAAAAUGUUCAUCAGCCCUAUCCCAUGAUGAAAAGGUCAUACCAACUACAGGGGUAACCAGAACUUCCUCUUCCACUAUACCCUUGCCCUCACAAUUCAAAAUUUUCUCCGAUGGUGUACGACAUAAACUUUCAUCUCCUAAUUUUCCCACUUCAUCAAAGUUCCCCAAUUCUGCAUCCCCACACGGUACUAGAAUGUCAUCGUCAUUAGCAUCCAACCAGUCAGAUACAACCUACCAAAUUAUACAUUCCCAAAAUAUUUCAACAUCAUCAUCAAUGACAGUAUUUAUAAACCAAUGACACUAGUUUUCCACCAAUAUGACAGAUAUUCUAAAUCCAAAAAUCUUAUUUUUAACAUAAAUCAGCUGUCAAAUAAACACCAACAUAAUUCUAAAGGAACACAUCCGGAAUCCUAAAUUAACAACAUAAUUCUAAAGGAACACAUCCGGAAUACCUAAGGUACCAAAUAAUAAUUGGGCAUAAUUUAAUACAACAAUGACAUAACAUAAAUAGCAUAUGACAGUAUAUCAAAGUAACAUGAAGGGGUAUACAUACGUAGUCAAAUUCAGAAAUUGUUCUUAACUAGGUAUACAUAUUGUUCUUAACUAGGUAAGAAUUGAAUUACUUUUACACAUGAAUGUGUUGAAAAUCAGAAAUGUACAUGAAAUUGUCGAAAUUGAGAAAUGUACAAGAAUUCUUACCUCUUCUCCGUUCUCAUCUUCUUCACCAUCUGAGCUUGAGCUUGAGCUUGAGCAUAAAUUAGAAAUUUCCUCCAAUUUUUUGGUAUUAAACCCUAACCUUUCAAUUUCAGAACAAUCAAUUGUAGUUCUUUGUUGCGAGAUUGCUUUAUUGUUGAUGCUCAUCAAAGGAGGAGCUUCUUCCCGCCAUUUUCUUCCUCUACCUCUUGCUCCCCUUUCUUUGCUGCGACCUUUUUGUUGUUUUCCAAUGAACGGAGCUCAGGGGAAGUGAAAUUUACCCCAAUUCAUUAAAAGUGGGCCAGCAAUUAUAAUUUAUUUCAUUUCCCUUUUUUUUUUGCCUGGGUAUAGAGCCAAAACAUCACUGGUAACCAGCGACAUAAUUACUCCAUACCCGGGGUAAAAUUGUAAUUUCCGCUUAAGAGUUGAAAAGUCAAACAAAGUAUUAUGUAUAGGCAACAAUGACAGUAAUUAGUACAACAAUGACAGUAUUUAAUACAACAAUGACAGUAUUUAUGCAAACGAUGACAAUACUUAUAUAAUACUUGUAUAUAUACUUUUGCUCAUUCAUUUUAUAUGCAACACUUUUAUCCAUUCAUUUAAGUGGUCUCUUUACUUUUUAUAUUUCAUAACAGUUGUAUACAUAAUUUCCUUUUUUUGGGUGAUUGUGACAGUAUUUUAAUACAACAAUGACAAUACUUAUAUUACCAAUGACAGUAUAUACCAAGUUAGCAACACUUUUACACAUUUAUUUAAAGGUGGGCCAUGUUU